ACGUACUAUAUAUACACACAUUCUGUAUCUAUUUUUCUCUAUAGUAAACAACCAUUGAUUAGAGCAAACGGCUAUAAUUUAGAGGCUCGAAUUGAAAGCAUUAUCGUAGCACGAGCCCCUGAAAUUUUGGUCGGAUUUUCAGGACACUUCACUUCGUUAUUAUACUAACCACAACACUUUCCACUAAUCCACUUUUUCAAUUCAAAAUUUCGCAUAUGUGCCCACAAACGCAGGCAUUUGAUCAGGUUUUCUGCUGAUUUCUACAGCAAAAGAGAAGAAAGAAUUAGCCCUCUUAGAGGGCUCAAAUCAACUUUUCCUAAUCCUCCGAUUGUUUGAUUUGAGCCCUCGUAAUGCCUGAUGGUUAUUCAUCUUCCAAUAAGAAGACGGAUGACCAUUGGGACAACGUCUGUAGUCAGGAGGUAAGCAGAAUGGAUCGAAUUCGUUGCAUGAUGCAAACCCUGGAUCUACGGACGCUUCUUGUAUUAUUUAUAGUGAUACCAGUUGGUUUCGUGGGUAUUUACUUCCAUGGACAAAAAGUAACCUACUUUUUGAGACCUUUAUGGCAAUCUCCUCCAAAACCUUUCGUUCACAUUCCUCAUUACUAUCAUGAAAACAUUUCAAUAGCGUCGCUCUGCAAACUCCAUGGUUGGGAAGUCCGUGAUUACCCCCGGAAAGUAUACGACGCUGUUCUCUUCAACAACGAGGUCGACAUGCUUAAAAUCAGAUGGAAAGAACUCCACCCUUACAUCACUCAAUUUGUUCUUCUCGAAACGAAUUCCACCUUCACAAGCAUCCCGAAACCCCACUAUUUCGCCAUCAAUCGAGAAAAAUUCGAUUUCAUUGAAACUAGAUUAACCUACGGGACAAUCGGCGGACGAUUUAGAAAGGGGGAAAAUCCGUUUAUCGAAGAAGCUUAUCAACGAGUGGCACUCGAUCAUCUUCUCAGAAUCGCCGGAAUUGAAGAUGGUGAUUUGUUGAUAAUGUCGGACGUCGAUGAAAUCCCGAGUGCUCAUACCAUCGAUCUUUUGCGAUGGUGCGACGGACCUCCGCCGGUGAUUCAUCUGAACUUGAACAAUUACUUGUAUUCCUUCGAAUUCAACGUCGAUCAUGACAGCUGGAGGGCCUCCGUUCACCAAUAUCAAAAGGGGAAAACGAGAUACGUUCAUUACAGACAAACAGACUUCUUGUUAGCGGAUUCAGGGUGGCAUUGUAGCUUUUGCUUCAGAAAAAUCAGUGAUUUUGUGUUCAAGAUGAAAGCGUAUAGCCAUACAGAUCGAGUGAGAUUUUCGCACUUUCUUGAUCCGAGAAGAAUUCAGAAUGUGAUUUGCAAUGGGGAUGACUUGUACGAUAUGCUUCCUGAGGAGUACACUUUCAGGGAUAUUAUCUCAAAAAUGGGUCGGAUCCCUCAUUCUUAUUCGGGUGUUCACCUUCCUUCUUAUCUAUUGAAUCAUGCCGAUAAGUACAAGUAUCUUUUGCCUGGGAAUUGUGUUCGUGAAGCUGUUUCAGGAUAAUAUUAGUGUAUUUUUUUUCUAGAUUUAAGGGUUUUAAUGAUACAUAGUCUUUUUUUUUUUAAACCAUUUGGGGAGAUUUAGUUGUAUAUUUUUUCCCCGCUUUCCGGUAUUGUUUCAUCAGAACGCAAAGACGUUAUAUAAUAUUUGAUUUGUAGAUCGAA